UCUUAAUUCCUCUUUGUUUUCGUCGCGAACGAAUCCAUACGCAUCAAUUCUGUCAGAAACUCUUCUCUGCUUUCUCCAUUGGAUCAGCGCUUCCUCUCUUUGUUUCACGAAUUCCUGGGCAUUGAUUCAACCGAUUAGAGAGAUCUUUCUUCCUUUUCAAGUUUUUCUACGCUGAUUUGAAGAAAGAAAGAAAGAAAAAGACGCGAUUUAGGGUUUAUCUGGUUGAUUGGGAUAUAAGUUAUACAUACAAUACAAGAGAGUAGAGGAGAACUGCCAAAAAUUAUGGAUUCGUUGCAGAAUGCUGGUGGAGUUGCUGGUGGGAAUGUUGGCGAUGGGAUGAUGGCUUCCCAGAUGAAAGACGUGGCAGCAGCAACAACAGCUGAUGAUACGAAGCAGAACCUGAGCCAGGUUAUUAACUCCAUACAGAAGACCCUUGACCUCAUUCACCAACUUUACCUCACUGUAUCGUCGUUCAAUGCUGCCUCCCAGCUGCCUCUUCUUCAACGCCUCAACAAUCUCGUCAUGGAGCUUGAUAACAUGUCUAAAUUGUCGGAAAACUGUAAUAUCCAGGUUCCUAUGGAGGUCCUCAAUUUGAUUGAUGAUGGAAAGAAUCCAGAUGAGUUUACAAAAGAUGUCUUAAACAGCUGCAUUGCCAAAAAUCAGGUUACCAAAGGCAAAACCGAUUCCUUCAAGGGUUUGCGAAAGCAUCUUCUGGAGGAGCUGGAGCAGGUCUUUCCUGAUGAAGUUGAAUCAUACAGGGAGAUACGUGCGAGUUCUGCUGCUGAAGCAAAGCGCCUUGCCCAAGCACAAAGUACUUUACCAAAUGGCGAUUUGAAGAUUAAACCUGAGCUUUGAGCUUCCAAGAACAUCUGGGCACCUAAGUAUCGUUCGUCGGUCAAUAAUUAGUAAGUUGUAACAACUUGCAAUAUACUCUGCAAGUGAUAUGAGCGACGAAGAUAAGCAAUGAGUAGACGUGACUUUUUUUAUUUUAUUCAAUUAGAAUUCAACAUAUGAGUGAAGCUGCAAAGCAUGUUCUGUUAUGCAAUCACAUUCCCUGUCAUCUAUAUCGGCAGUAAGUGAAAUACGUGGCAUGUGGAAGGAAGGAUCCUACCGAUGGAGUUGCAACUCCAGAUUGGAACAAGUGCAAGACACUGCUGCAACUACGGGAUGUACAAAUGGAAUGCGAAACAAGUGACUUCCUAGUGAUGUCAGGUUCUAUGCAGUUACAAUUGUGUUAUCUAUUUAUUAUUUACAAGCGGGUCUUU